ACAACACGCCCCGGCUGGAGCACAAAACUUCCUUUAAGUUGCCGCUGCAAUUUCUGAACAAAACUUUAUAUUUGCUAGUUCGGAAGUAACUCAAGAGGAGGAUGUCUGAGCUGAGCGACGAGGCCAGCAGUGAGUCUGAUCAGCUGGGCGCGAGUCUGUCCGGGUGGCUGGCUGGAGGCGGAGGCGCUCUGAUCGGCCCGGAGGAGCUGAAUGUUCCGCUGGAUCUUCACACUGCCUGCUCUAUCGGACAGUAUGAUGUGGUUUCCGAGUGUAUCCGCAGGGGAGAUGUGGAUUUGAAUGGUCAGAACAUUGGCGGCUGGACUCCUCUAAUGUACGCUGCUUACAUCGGUCAUGAUAACAUUGCUAACCUGCUGCUGGAGACGGGCGUCAAUGUCAACGCCACUACAUCGAAAGGCCUGACGCCACUGAUGCUCGCCGCCAGUUGUGGGAAUGAGAGCAUCGCACACUUCCUCCUGCAGAAAGGAGCGCAGCUGGAGUGUAAGGAUGUGCGUGGAUGGACUGCUCUGUUGCAUAGCACGGCUACCGGACAUCAGCAGAUGGUCAAAUUCCUAUUAGAGCAUCACGCCAAUGCAAAUGUCAAGGAGCCGCUGUCAGGAUUCACACCGCUCAUGGAAGCCGCAGUGUCCGGUCAUGAAAUCAUCGUCCAGUACCUGCUCAGCCAUGGUGUGCGAACAGAGGACAGAAACAUGAAGGGAGAAACGGCGAGAGCUCUGGCCAUGAUGUACGGACACACCAAAAUCGCCAGCCUCAUCGACAUGCACGUCAUCAGAGCCAAAUCAUCUCUGUAUGAGGAGCUGAGCUCGUCUGAAGAAGAAAACACAAGUCCUAGAGUCCGUUCAGCUCACAGCAGAACCAGAGGACCCAGCAUUCACGACGGUCCACAGGCUAUCGCUCGAUUCAGAGUCGGAUCCAAACAAGAAGUUCCUGCUGCUCCUCCCGGCUACGUGACCUUCCGCGACGUUGGAGAUCAGAGUGAGGGAAUCUGCAAUCGUGACGUCACUUCCCCCAUCAAUGAGCUGGACGGACAGAGCAACAGCAGUAGAGAUGAGCUGUUUUUGGAUAACGACAUGCCCACGCUGAGGAGCAGCAGCAGCAGCAGUGAAAGUUUGUCACAUCUCCUUGGGCUAAGCAGGGAAGCGUCGCUGGAAAGCAAUGAGGACUCUGACCAAGCAAAGCGAAGCUGUCCACGUCGAUCUAACAAACUCCAGCACUCCAAAGGCAGGAAUCCGUAUAACAGCGGAGGCAGCGCAGGUUACAGAGAGGUGCGAUCUUCCUCUGGACCUCCACCUUCAUACACUGGACCAAAGGAUCUCUCAGAGUUCCUGGAGCAGAUCGGGUUCAGUAAGUAUCUCCCACUGCUAGUGGAGCAAGACAUCGACCUGAGAAUCUUCCUCACGCUCACCGAGAACGAUCUCAAGGAAAUCGGCAUCACUCUGUUUGGUCCUAAGAGGAAGAUGACAUCAGCUAUAGCUCGUUGGCAUAGUAAAGCACGGCCGCCCAGCGAUGCAUUAGAGCAGGCGUAUGCAGACCAACUGGAGGCUGAGAUGCAGGAAAUGGCCAUUCAGCUUCAUAAGCGUUGUGUGGAGGUGGAGUCUUUCCAGGGUCAGGUGACCCAGGAGAAAGAGCUGCGUGCCGUGAUGGAGGGAUGCCUGAUGGAGGAGAAGAUGGCAUGGAAAAGUGUUCAGGCAGAACUGCAGGAAAACGCUAAACGCAUGCAGACGCUGAACGCAAAGCUACACACUCUACAGAACACGCACACACAACUCAGACAGAUCACACAGGACGACGGUCGAUCUGCGGGGAAAGGUGACGGUUUGAUGUGCUCUCAACUGCUGUCUAAGAUGGACUCUCAUAUAGCAGAUCUUGCUGAAAGUGUGAAGGAAAUCCUUCACAGUCUCCAGCAUCUGUCCACUACAGAGAAAAACUCACACAACUGGGAAGAAUCCUAGCAGCCAAGAACAGGGCAAUUUCUUUUUUCUGACGGAGGGUGAAAAGCCACCCUGAACACAAGCGGCUGCAUGAACGGGCCAGAAAGAAAGGCAUCCGCGCCGGUUCAUAAUACAUGAAUUCAGAUGGAGAUUAUGGACAGAAGACGGCGGCAGCGUGGCCAGAAAAGACAAGCGGGCGAAGAACGUCUCUCGCCUGUGCUCCAGUCACAUGGUACACGCGCAUCCUAAGAACUGACCAAUCACAGGCAGAGCUGUGUUGGACAGGGCGUAGCCAGAGAAUUUGAACUGCUGAAUGUGCCAGAAACACAUGGACAAACACUGUUCAUUGCUGUACAACAAAUCAAACCUCUGGUGUUUAAGAAUAUACUUAUUUAUAGCUUUUUCAUUCAUAAAUCAAACCUCAGAUGAUCUUAACUAUCAAUUGUCUUCUCUUAAAGGGACAGUUCAUUCAAAAAUGAAAAUUUACUCAAGUGUUUACACAUAUUUAUGAGUUUCUUUAUUAUGUUAAACACUAAAAAUAUAUUUUGAAGCUGUAAGCAGGAAAAACUAUGGAAGUGAAUGGUUACCGCUUUCUAACUGUCUUCAAGAUAUCUUCUUUCGUGUCUAACAGAAAAAUUUAACUCAAAGGUUUAAUGCAAGUAAAGUGAGAGUAAGUAAUGACAGUUUUCAUUUUUGGAGUGAACUGUCCCUUUAAAUACGGUCUAUGCUUUAAUUCUGCUGGUGUUUUCAUGAAUGUGACCUGAGCUGAACCUCUUGGGUUUAUGGUUGUAUUACAGGAACUCAGGGGCGUAGCAACCGGGGGGAGGGGGGGUGGGGGGGGGAUCCUUCCCCCUCACUUUUAGAGACAGACCAUUUAGAAACAGGUGAUUAAUAAUUAUAUAAACAUAUGAGCUCAUACAGCCGUCCCCCCCACUUUUAAAAUGUCCGCUACGCCCCUGCAGGAACUACUGUCAGUUUUUAUAUUUAAAAAGGGUUUUCUGUGUAAAGUGCUCUGUAUAUUAAUUUAAAAUGAUCAUUUUUGAUGUUAAUCAACCUAUUUGUCAACCAAUAGUAUUAUUAUUAUGAUGCAUAUGUACAUGAAAUAGGUUUAAGGUCUGUAAAUUAAGUAUAAAAGGAAUACUGUAGUUUAGUCAAAAAUCUUUUAAGUUUUCAUGUUGUAUUAUUAAAUGCUGAUCUUGAAAUGUGCGUUCAUGAGACCAUUACACUCUUUGUUCAAACUACUUAUUAAAAAUGAGCUGAAACAACACAACUCUCGAGUUUUAACCUAGAUGUUUUAUGUUUAAUCCACUUAAAUAUUUGAAAACUUAAAAAGUUAAUGUAAUUCCUUCAUGUUGUCUCAACACAAAUCGAUUGUGUGGAGCCCAGCAUUUUUAACAGUGUGUCGUUAGUUUGCUAUGAGGGAGUGAUGCGCAAAAGAAAGCCCCGCCCCCUACUUAAUAUUCCAUUUCAAUAGGAAGUACAUCAAGAUACUGUAAAGUCUCAGUAACUUACAGUAAUUACCAACUAAAACACAGAUAGAUGAUCAAUAUCUUCAUGUUUAACACCUAAAGGUGCAGUAGGUGAUUGUCUUCAGAAACAUAUUUUGUUGUGCUGGUUGAAAGUCUCUUCACAUUCCAAUAGUAAUGAUUAAAGUAAAUGAUCUACAUGUGUUUUAUAUGUGUUUUUAUAUUUUGAGGUGAGGCAUAAGACUAAAUGUUCAUCAAUUAAAUAUUGUCAGGCCGAUAAUUCCCAUAAUUCUGAUAAGUAGCCCAAACUGUCUGUCAGCAAAUGUAGAUUUGUACAUCUGCAGCCGUUCACCAUUUGUGUGUUCACGUGUACACGAGAGAGAGUGACAGCAGUAAAACCAAAUGCUGAAUCAAAACUUUUUGAGAUGCUGAAUCAACAUUGGAGUUACUUUUGCAUGCUGGAGGAAAGAUGACAUCAUGGCUGAAGUAUUUCUUUUAGACAGGUAUUAUGUUUUAAAACUAUUUUAGUCAUGCAAAGCUGAUGUAGAUUGUGUUCAGGGCUUGACAUUAACACCCGCCAGCCCACAAAAUGCGGGUAGAUUUCAGCUGUGGCGGGUUAGACGGCCACUACCACUAGCCACUUUGGCUGGCUGAAGAUAAUUGUUAAAUAGCCAGAGCCGCCUAAAGAUUAGUUUAUGACUGUUUGUCAAUAUGCGUGCAAUUGUGAUCUUAGAAUCGAGAAGCAGCAUGAUUGAUAACUGUUUGGGCGAGGAAAAAAAAGCAGGUGAAUACCGAAUGAGAGGAUGAUCAGGUGCACGGUGAGACGCAGGCGAUCCUGACACACUGACGAGGGCUUCAGUGUCGCACGCACAGCUGAUGUGAUGCACACGAGUGCUUAAAAGCUCCCGUUUCCUUGCACGAAGCAACCUUGCCUGAAAACGCAACGGGUGUGAUCGUUUCUU